AGCCGUUCUGGCUCAAGCACAGGUCAUUCGAGAUCUCAAGUCGCACUCCGGCUGCAGUCGGACCCAGUGCUGGAACACCUACACGGCAUUAGACGGAACCUUUGCACAGGGAUCGGCGGCAGGCAGCGUUCCCGAUGUUGGCCCAGCGUGCUUCCACGGGUAGCGAUGUGAUUCCGCUUCUGCAGGCGAUACUUUCCACGGCACAGCGGUCCGCGGAGAUCCAGGAAGCCCAGCUGCAGUUUUUCGCCAGGCGGCAGCAGCAGCAGCACGACGUCUACGCGUCCACGGCAGGCUCGGCAGCAUCCAACGUAUCGAGCGGCGAGCGUCAGGACAAGGAGCACCGGAUUGUCAGCCCAAAACUUUCCAUUGUCGCGCCACAGCCGCCGGACACAGGAGCUGACUCCGACCUGGUCAUCCCUUGGAGCGACAAAAAAGGUGUUGACGUUGAGGCACCAGGCCCCCGCUACAGUGUCAGCGAAAUGCUCGCUAAGCAAGCCUGGGAACCAGAAAUAUCCCAUAGGAACCUUUGCGGCAACCACAUCAAUCUCAGCGGUAAGCCCCAUGGCCAUCUGCUCCCAAAGGAAGUCCCAGCGAUCUGGCGCAGAUUCUUCUUUGUAUUAGGUGUGCUCUCCCCGUCCGAGGUUGCGCCUGGAGGUUGCCGCAUGUUGUACCAGAUGUACCGCGCUUUCUUUCUUUCAUCUGGAUUUUGCACCUGGUCUCUGGGUGCGCUUAAACUGCACUUCUUUGAUGCUGAGUCGGCUGGAUUUACCUACGAUCUACUUGUCAGUGCGAUUUCUCUGUCAGCACUUGUGUAUCCGGCAUUCUACAUCUGGGCACGGCAGUUUUCCAGCAAGGGUGCCACCAUGUUGUUUUUUACAGAAGUUGUAUGAUCGGGGCUUUCCGUGGGAGAAUUUGCGCAUCAGUGCACUCCUGGCGUGGUGUGUCCCUCUGGUAGCGGUCAUGCUUAGAGGGAUGUUUCAAAUGAGGCAGGCGAUGAGCGUCGUGGAUGAUUCGAGAACGGCGUUCAGAGCCAUUAUCUUUCUGCAGAUGCCGAUGGAAUGCAUCUUCAUGUUUGUUUGUUUCGGGAUUCAUGCCUUGGUUUUUGUUGCCUCAAAGCUCCACGAGCACGAUCUCAUGCGCUACGCAGGCGCUGUAGUCAAAGCCAUGCCGCGGUCUGACUCCGAUGUGAUCGUGCCUUCGCUGAGGAAGCUGGAGUUUACCGUGAGCGCGCGCCUACGCUACGCCAGCACCACGUGGGUCCGCUUUACUGUGCUUGAGAUCCUGCUCUUCGGGAUUUUGGCACUAGUCGCAUGCACACGCUUGCUCUUGUCAGAGACCACCAGCUUCACCUCUGGUUGGAGCAUGAUUCUGAUUCUCGCGAGUUCCCUCGUGGUCGUGCUAUCUGCGCCGCUGGCUUCCGUAGCCGAGACCUUCGAGUAUGACGUGCUACGGGCAUUGAACAAUCCGUCGGUGUUGAAACAAGCGCAGCAGCAUUUCGGCCAGCAGCUGUUGGCCCACCUGCAAACCCUGGACUGGGGCUUCCGAGUCGGGGGCACGGUGAUCAAUAACAAGAUGGUAGUGCAAGUCGCGACAGCUCUGGUCAUUACUUCGGUGACAGCUGUGAGCCAGUCCUUCAUAACGAUUUCGCAGUGACAAAUGACACAACGUGCUGGAACUAGACGAGGUGAGCUGUCGGUGACCAGGGAGGCAACAUGGUUGAGCAUCAGUGACAGUGAGGCAAUGUGUCGGCAGCCGAGUAGCAAAUUCUGCGAAUUGUGACCGCCGGUCGCCACGCCACCCGAGGGAACGCAUAAUCUGGGCCGGUAGACGGAAGUCCAGGGAUGCGGCUCAAAUCCGCCCAGCUGGGCCAAUAUGCGGCCGACGAUGGAAGAACAGAGCUCAGUGUGGUCUGCGCAACUCACGUUGUACCGUGCAAGUCGGGACUUAGAUUUCCUGCCGGCAUCUAUCCAAAGCGUUCUUGGCCGCCGUGUGGCUCGCAGUGCGACUUGCCACUGAUCUUGCGGUCUUACAGCAUCCGGGCCUGCUGUGUGGUACUGCACGACGACAGGGAAUUUGCGCAUAGUGUGUGGCGGGGCCGCACGGCCGUGCCACAGUGACGGCAAACGAGAGUUCUUGCCUGAACACAGGGCGUGCUCGGAUGGUUGCAGUCUGGCGCCAAGUUUUCACGGAAGCAGGGGCUCUCGUCCCCGCCGACCGUAAUGUGGUGUUGCUACGGCAAAGAGCAUGUCUCGACCUCGUCGUCCCAUGCCUUAAUGCGAGCUCAUCGUCCCAUGCCUCAAUGUUGCAUCAUGGUGGUUUCCUGUAUUUCGUCGACGACCCCGCACUAGCAAUCA